AUGCUGGGCUACCUAGCGAUGAACGACAUCAAGGUCACGGAUGCGAGGGAGCUGAAAGUACCGAACAUGCAAAGCCAUCGUCUGCCGAGGAGGUCGGUGAUGUACCCCACGAAGGGACAGAUGGCGGCCACAGCGAGCGUGUUGGCAGUGAGCAUCCAGUUUCCAUACUUUGUGCCAAUUGACUCUGAGAUGGGCAGCAAGUUCGAGCUGACGAAGUACAGCACGAUCUGCGAUCCAACCUGGUGCCUUCUCUGGAUCGCUGGCAGUAUCCGACUGGUACUCGUUGUGGUAUUUGCCAUGUGA